AACUUCUUGCCUUCUCGCGCUCGCCUCCGUUUCGUGUCGGCUCGCUCUAAACGUGAGAUCGGGGAGGUGGUGGACUUGGGGUCGUUGUGGUAUCGGCGGCGAGCCGCGGGGGCCUAGGGUUUCCUGCCUUCCUGGUUUGGAUCCGCGCCCUGGCCCAUGGGAUCCGGAGGCUUCGCGGCCGCGGUGGCCGCGUGCCCCUCCGCCGCCGAGGCCUUCCUUAAGUACUAUGGUAUUGUAUCAGGAGGUACAAGUGCGGAGUCAAGACAAGCAUUGGUUGAGCUUUCACUAGCUAUAGACGGAAUUGAAGGAAUGAGGGAUGUGAUAUUUGCUGAUAUUCCAAAGCUCAUUCCAUUUAUUGAUCUGGAGGAUAUGAGCCUAUUCAGUUGCUUCUACGAUUUUGUUUUCUUCAUCUGCCGUGAAAAGGGUCAAAAGAGUGUCACUAUUCAGAGAGCUGUAGCAGCAUGGAGGAUUGUUCUAAGUGGAAGGUUCCGUUUGCUUGAUCGAUGGUGUAACUUCGUUGAGAAGUACCAACGCCAUAACAUAUCCGAGGAUACUUGGCAGCAGCUGCUAGCUUUCAGCAGGUGUGUAAAUGAAGAUCUGGAAGGUUAUGACCCACGAGGUGCUUGGCCUGUUCUGAUUGAUGAUUUUGUUGAGCAAAUGCACAGAAUUUAUCACUCCACUGACUGCAGCAGUGCGAUGGAAUCACAGUGUAACAUUUCCAGUACCCUUAAAGGACUGGAUCCUCAACCUGGAUCAAAGAGGAAAUGCCCACACCUCAAAUCCAAUGAAGAGGAUGUAGAGCUUUCGGAUAGCUUUACGCGCUCUGUCCAUCUUACACCAAUAAAGCGACUCAAGGAAAGCCAUGACGCCAGAUAUGGAGCGGGGGAAUCCGCCAAAACUACCCAUUUCUCUAAUAGUUCCUCUGGUGGUUACCACGAGGAUAUGAAUUUACACAACUCAAGAGGUUGCCUUCAGAACUCCCCCUGUAAUGUUGAGGAUGCCCUGUCCAAAGGGUUUGAGGGUUGUAUUUCGAUGAAAUGUCCAUUUUGAUGUAACAAAUUUCGUGUCAGCCCAGAAGCUAUACAUUCCCUUUUAGCGGCAAAAUCAUCCUGUGUGUGUAUCUAGUCAUUUUGUGCAAAAAAAAUGCAGUAAUUGAAUGCAUUUUUUUUAAAAUGCUUUAAAGUGUAUUGAUCAGCAUCGGACCUGUUUUUAGAGGCAUCGGUAUGAAGGGAGGGCUGUUGGUUGUGUUUGCUUGACAGCAAAUCCCUCCCAUUCAAUACCCCGCACUUUCUGAAAAUUGCGACUUCCAUAUUCCCUUCCUUUGAGCUUUGUUAAGACAGUAUUGUAUUACAAGAUCUGAAUCGCUGCAAGCGUGCAGAAUAAUGAAUGCCAUCUUUCUAUGCA